CCUAGUUACCUUUGCUAUGGCUUUUACCUGGUGACUUAAGGCAAAUGACUUUAUACAUCUCUCUUCCAGGUAUAAAGUUUUGUAGGGAUUUUGUUUGGCAACAAGUUGCUUAUGCUCUGUAGAGGGGAGACAUUGCAUUUGGCUUACAUAGCUACAAAGCAUUCACUGCUGUGCCAGAACAACUUCACAAUUAAUCCAUUCUUUCUGCUGCCUGCUUUCAUUCUGUGCAAACUGAACUUGCUGAAUCUCACCUUGCUCAUCUUUAAUAUAGAAUUUUAAUGGUACCUGCACUAUCUUGUGGAUUCUCUAGACUAGCUCAGAAGGUAUUAGUAUAUUGUUUAUUCAGUUUAAAAAGCAACUCAGAAAACUUCACCACCUGCAUCUGUAGUAGUUGGACCAUAAGUUGGUCCAAAACACCAUGUUACUGUUAUGUCAGAGGGAGGGAUAUGGGUGACAGAACUGGAUGCCAUUUUAGUUUUAUUGAGCACAUUUAGUUGCAGUUUCUUCUUUUACAAAACAGACUUGAAAAACAGAAGUUACAACUUUACUUAGCAUCCUGUUGACUUGGAGGGCUUAUUGACUUACUAAUGAAAUAUGUUUCUUAAAAAAAAAAAAAAAAGUCCAUGGGUUCACAUGACUCCAGAGAGGAAGCAGGGAAAAAUUCCACAGAGUUUACACUUGGCUCAGCUGAUGCCAAUGUGAAAGGCAUGCUUUUUAAAUUCCUACAGAUUGCCUCAAGAACUUAUACCAAAAUAACUUUUGAGGUGAGCCUGAUCAAGAGUUUUAAUGUUUGAUCUUAAAAUUGUUUAGCUUCUGAGUUCUACAAUCUGAAAGUAAAAUUUUAGGAAGGCUUUUAUUUUUAAAAUUAUGUCUGUGACUUCAUGUAGGGAAUUCCCUCUUGCAAUGGAGAUUGGCCCUUACUUUGCAACCUAUAGUCUAGAAGAUUAAUUAAAAUAAUAUGAGGAUGAGAGAAUUGAUUUACUCUUCCCAAAAGCCAACAGUACCCACAGGAAGAUUGUCUUUUUUCAUAAUCAUCCUUCUUUAUACAAGGGCCAAAAUAGUAUAUUAGCUGUGCUAUACUAUAGUGGUAGGCUUGUCUUCAUGACAGAUCAAGUACUUAAUCCUUUUUUUUUUUUUUAAUUUGGUUUUUUAGAAACUCUACUUAAGAUAACUGGGAGCUAGGGCUACAUCAUCAUUUUUCAGAGAAGCACCUAAGGUGAAACAUAUCCCAUACCUAAGGCAUCUGUAGGAUUUAAGUCAUCCAUCACAGCCUAACAAUGUGGGCCAUAUUCUCAGAGCUAUGAUCUGAAGAGAAGGCUAUGAUCUUUAUCACCCUAGUAGAAGACUGUUGGACAGUUUAUGAUUACAGAAUUCUGAAAUGUUUGUAUAUCUUUGCAGAGUACGGAGGUGUUUCUUUCAGGAAUUCUUACUUUGAACUAGAGACAAUUGUCCAUUUUUCAGGUAGUAUUGCCCAAUUAUUGUCCCUUAGUUUUUCCAGCAAGAGAAACUAUAAGACAGCAACAGGAAUUGGGCCUUUAAUUUUAUUGGUAUAGGUUAUCAAUAUUUUGAUUUCAUGACUCUUACAUUCUUAAAAAUUAAAGAUCAACUUCUUCCCUCCAUUUUUGUUUGUGAGUUGUGUUUAUUAAUAUUUCUCAUAACAAAAAUGUCUUAUUAUGAAGAUAGUUAUGACCCGUGGGAAGAAUUUUGGAGCAUAAGGGAUCCUCAGACUACACAACUUCCAACUGAAGCCAGAAGUCAUUGAACAAUAUUUAGCAGAAUUUUUAAAAAAGCUAAUAAAAAAAGAUAUAUUUUAAAACUAAGUUAAUAUAUGAUUUAAAAUGUUGUGUGUGACAAUAUUUUAUGAGGAUGUAUUCUGAUGGAAGUGGAUUUCUUUGACAAAGAGACCUGAGUUUCAAUUGAUAAAUGAUGGACAGAAGCAGCUACAUCCAAAGAAAGAACACUGGGAAACGAAUGUAAACUAUCUGCAUUUUUGCUUUUCUUCCCGGGUUAUUUUUACCUUCUGAAUCCAAUUCUUCCUGUGCAACAAGAGAACUGUUCAGUUCUGCAAACCUAUAUUGUAUCUAGGAUAUACUGCAACAUAUCUAACAUAUAUAGGACUGCUUGCCAUCUAGGGAUGGGGGUGGAGGGAGGGAGGGGAAAAAUCGGAACAGAAACGAGUGCAAGGGAUAAUGUUGUAAAAAAAAUUACCCUGGCAUGGAUUCUGUCAAUAUAAAGUUAUUAUUAAAUAAAAUAAAAUAAAAUAAAAUGUUGUAUGUGUGAAUUUGUGGCCCCGGUUUCUAUUUGAGUUGAAUACCAUUAGUCUAGAACAUUGAGAGAUUAUGACUUGUAGUCACAAAGCCAGUAUGUGCCUGAGGGUAGACUUGAACCCAAUUUUCUAUACAUCAGGUUAUGUUGCCUCUCCAAAGAAAAUAUCUCUUCUACUCAUUUUUUUUUUUUUUGGAUUGAAAUGUUCUCUAGUAUUGAGAAAUUACUUAAAUUCCCUCCCUUCCCUUUUAUCUCCUUUUGAAAAUUCCCAAGUGCUGCAUCUGAUGUGUAUGAUGCUAUAACUCUAGAGGCAGCUAGGUGGCACAGUAGGUAGAGCACAGGCCUUGGAAUCUGAAAUUCAAUUCCAACCUCAGACACUAGUUGUGUGACUCUGGGCAAGUCAUUUAACCUGGCUUGCCUCAAAAAAAAAAAAAAAAAAAAAAAAAAAAAGUACUGUGACUAAGUAUUGGUUUACUUUAGUUUAAUAGCAAGCACAUAUUUCACUUUUGAAUAAUUAAUAUUGCAUCCCUUUACCUGUAAUUAUGAUCGCUGCUUGCAUCAUUAAAAAAACAAAAUCCCCUUUCAUAGCAUCCAAAUUCAGCUGAAGUAUGUUUUUGAUGAAGACAGGUAAAAAAAGCCUAAUUCACUAGUUUAGUGGCAUAUAUCCAGACUUGUAAACACUAGCAAAACUAAGAUCUGAAACUGUAAUCCAUUUCCCAAUAAGCACUUUGAAUUUGUCCAUUUAGAUCCAGAAUUAUUUCCAGAAAUAGAACUUUCAUCUGAUGAGCUCUCAAAGAAUGUAACCCAAAUUAUUUGCAUAGACACUGGCUCCAGAGAGUGAAUUUCAUUUGCCAAGUUAACUAAUUGAAAGCCGUUUUAUGAUGUGCAGAUUUUGUAUGUAGAGAUUCUUGUGGGAAGAACAGUGUUGUUGUUGAUUUUUCAGGAGCAAGAGCCAAGAAAAAGUGUUUGGCUUGAAACUAGAAUUAUAUUGGGCAGGUGGCCAUAGAACUUCUGAUCUUUAAGACCUCCUUGAUUUGAUCUGAAGUUAACUGCAAGGUUUUGAUUUCAGAGUUGCAUCUUCUGCUUUUUCUUUAAGCUGAGUUUUUCAUAAUUCUGGGUUUUGUUUCAGGUUAUAUUAUUUGGGCUUUCAAUAGUCUAUGCCAAUGGAGGGAUAUUCCCCUUUCUAUUGUGUAAGUAAGUGAGAAGGCAAUAAGUUUCCAAAAGCCCUUAAGGAGAAAAGUUAUGUUUUGUUAUUUUUUUACUUCUGUAUUUCAUGUAUAAUAUAAUUAUGCAGAUUAUAUACACAUGUAUGUGUGUGUAUAUGUGUGUACAUGCACACUGGCACAUUCAUUGUGUAUAUACAAGUAUUUAUCUGUGGCACAUAGGUGGUUUUCUUUCUGAUUCCUGCUUUUGCUAUGUCUAGUGCUUUCAUCAUCUAUGCAAUAGUCUUUUCUAAAAACCUUCUACCUGGUUUGUCAAAUUGUACUAGAUUGUUUUUUAAUGGUGACUGAAUUUAAUGAAUUUGUAUCACUUUUACUUAGAUUUAAGGAAUUGAUGUCCAGAAAUAAACAAAAACUGAUUGAAUUGUAAAGAGUUGUUUAUUGUACAUCUGUUUAUGACUUCUGAACUUAGUAAACCUUUUGAACAAUAAACCUUGUUCUGGGAUAUACAGCUUGUAAGGCUCUGAAGCCAGAUUUGAAAAUGCCACCUAAUUGCUCUAAAUGUUGCUCUAGGCUAUCUUUAUUUCAAAUGAUCGGUGUUCCACAGAAACUAAUGUUCUUGAAAUUGAUCUUCCAAAUUUUCUUUCCUGUAUUUCUCAAGAGGGUAAAUAUAUAAUGUUAUAAGGUGAAAUGAUAGUUUUCUCUAACUUUAAACCUCUGGAGUUAAAGGCCAACCAACCUGAUACUUUAUAAACCAUUUUAGCAAAAUUUUGAUACUUAAAAAUAAAUAACAAUUUAUUUCUCUCUCUCUCUGAAGACUUGUGGUGUUUUUCUCCAUGUUGGGCACGUUAAUGGUUAUAUUUAUAUCAUACAAUAAAAUCUCUGGCUUAUGUGUAAAGAUGAAAAUAUUGAAAUCUGUUCUCAGCUCUUUUCUUUCAUUUAUUUCAAUUUACACUUCUUAUUGUAACCAAUAAUUAUCCUUUGACUUUUGCAGUUGACCCAGAAAACACAACAGUAAUGGAGUAUAUGAGCACGGGAAGUGAUGAUAAAGAAGAAAUUGAUUUGUUGAUUAAACACUUGAAUAUGUCUGAUUUCAUAGACAUGAUGGAAAAUUUCUAUCCAAGUGAAGAACCUGCAGCUUAUGAACACAGCCUUGUCAACAUGAGCCAGGACACUAAUCAAAAUGAAGAGCGUGCAGAAUCACUUUUACUUAGUGGACAGGAGGUUUCUUUGCCAUCAUCUGUCAAAUAUGGAACUGUGGAAGACUUGCUUGCUUUUGCAAAUCAUGUUUCCAAUGCCACAAAGCAUUAUUGUGGAUGUCGGCCACAGGAAUCUGGAAUUCUGUUAAAUACAGCCAUCACCCCCCAAAAUGGGAGAUACCAGAUCGAUGCUGAUGUUUUUCUCUUUCCAUGGAAGCUGACUUAUAGGAAUAUUGGCUCUGAUUUCAUUCCCCGGGGAGCUUUUGGAAAAGUAUACUUAGCACAAGAUAGGAGGACAAAAAAAAGAAUGGCAUGUAAACUGAUUCCAGUAGAUCAAUUCAAGCCAUCAGAUGUUGAAAUUCAGGCCUGUUUCCAUCAUGAAAAUAUUGCAGAACUAUAUGGUGCUGUCUUAUGGGGUGAAACUAUCCAUCUCUUUAUGGAAGCGGGUGAAGGGGGAUCUGUUAUGGAGAAGUUGGAGAGCUGUGGGCCAAUGAGAGAAUUUGAAAUUAUUUGGGUCACGAAGCAUGUUCUGAAAGGACUUGAUUUUCUUCACUCAAAGAAAGUAAUACAUCAUGAUAUUAAACCUAGCAACAUUGUUUUCAUGUCGACAAAAGCUGUGUUGGUAGAUUUUGGCCUGAGUGUUAAAAUGACAGAAGAGAUAUAUUUUCCUAAGGAUCUUCGGGGAACAGAGAUUUACAUGAGCCCAGAAGUGAUUCUCUGCAGAGGCCAUUCGACAAAAGCCGAUAUCUACAGCUUGGGGGCCACCCUCAUCCACAUGCAGACGGGUACUCCUCCCUGGGUGAAACGCUACCCUCGCUCUGCCUAUCCCUCCUACCUUUACAUAAUUCACAAGCAGGCUCCUCCUUUGGAAGAUAUCGCUCAGGACUCUAGCCCAGGUAUGAGAGAACUGAUAGAAGCAGCAUUGGAAAGAAACCCCAACCAGCGGCCGACUGCGGCCAAUUUACUAAAGCACGAGGCCCUGUACCCUCCCCGAGAGGAGCAGCCGCGUUGUCAGAGUCUGGACUCAGCCCUUUUUGAGAGGAAAAGAAUAACAAGAAAGGAUUUGGAACUGCCAGAGAACAUCACAGAUUCCUCUUCGUGCACAGGGAGCACAGAAGAAUCUGAAGCAAUGAAGAGACAACGGUCUCUCUACAUCGACCUCGGAGCCCUGGCUGGCUAUUUUAACAUUGUCCGAGGACCUCCCACGCUGGAGUAUGGUUGAUAGCCAGCACCAUCUGCUUUGAGUUAGUUUAUAUUCUCCUAGGAGAUUUAAAAAUGAAUCUACAUAGUGACUACGUAGUUGGUGGUAUCACGGGUCUUUUAGCUAGAUGGUAUGGGCUCUACGCUGCCCAUAUACAGUUUAUUUCUGAAACUGGACUGGUAUAAACUAAGAAGAAAUGUUCUCACAUCCCUGAUGAUAAACCCCAAAUAAGAUGGUUGAUAUGAUUUGAAGAAGGACUUUCUGGUGAUUGGCUCCAUCUACUAUGUACUUUGAUGUUUUCAGUUUUGAAUGAUUAUAAGAAUACAUUAAUGUAGAAAUUACGACUUGUGUUUCUAAGUUUAAGAAAUCUUCAUUUAUUGGAGAAUGUUUAUUGUUUUUGAACAGUGUUUUCUUGAGCCCUUGAUGUUAGAUUCUGAUAAAAAUUGAAUUGACUCUUCUGAGGGAUGCUAAGAGUACUGUUUUAAUCACCAAUAAGGUCAGCCAGUGUAAUGGAAUGGCUAAUUGAAUGUAUCCCUAGCAAUCUGUCACUAAUGACGUCCUGUUAUGUUCCUAUGGAAACAAUUUUUACUGUACAUGCUGUGCUUAAUACAUUUAAAACACAAUGUUUUGGAUGUCGGCAAAACUGUGUAAACCACAUAAUUCUGUACAUCCGAUGGGAUGAAUGAGUGAACUUCUAGGAAAAACUGAAACAUUUGUAAUGUUGAAAUGCUUGAAGCAUUUGAGUUUUGAAAGAGCAUACUGUGUAUGUUGUAUAUCAAAUGCUUCCAGGAACAAUCCUGUACUUUUGACAUUAUAAACUAUUUAAGAAUAUGAUUAAAAUGUAUUUUUGGGUAACAAAAUAUGAUGAAACAAAAUAUUUUGUCUAAUGUGGACUGGUCAAAUCAGCCGAAUAAAUUCCAUAUUUUGUCUUA